AUGGAUGCCUCCCAUGUUGCUCUCGUCACAUUUUUCCUCCGAGCUUCUGAUUUUGAAGAAUAUCAAUGCCACAGAGCUCAAACACUAGGAAUCUCUAUCUCAAACCUAUCGAAAAUAAUUAAAUGUGCCGAUAAUGAUGAUUCCAUCACAAUUCGUGCUGAAGACCAAGCCAGCGUCAUUACUUUUAUUUUUGAAGGGAAAAAUGACGAUAAACUCAGUGAGUUUAAUUUGAAUCUAUUGAGCUUGGAUACUGAACAUAUGGGAAUCCCUGAGCAAGAAUAUGCAGCUGUAAUACAACUACCAAGCAGCGAAUUCUGCAGAAUUUGCAGAGAACUCAGUCAAAUGAGCGAUACUUUGAAUGUUGAUGUAAAUAAAGAAAGGGUGGUUUUUAGUGUGAAUGGGGAUUCAGGAAGAGGCGCGAUUUCGUUGAAACAUAGACAGCUUGGAGAACAAAGGACAAUUAUUGAUGUGACAAAUGGAGUGAAUGCAAGCUUUGCGCUGAGAUAUUUGAAUUUGUUUAAUAAAGCUUCAGUUUUAGGAAGUCAAGCAAUCUUGUCAGUGUCAGAAGACUUGCCAUUGAUACUGAGAUUUGACUUUGAGAUAGGAGUGAUGAAAUAUUAUUUAGCUCCAAAAAUAAAUGACGAAUAA